GAUGCUUCAAGAGCGUAUUGAAAUGUGUCGGAGUUUGAGCGCGCUUUCAGCAAGGGUUGCACAAGCAGCAUACUCGCGUUUUUUAUGCUCAAGCAAAUGCAUAUGAAUUAAGUUUCUUGGCCUCUAUAGAAUUGUCCACCGUCGGCGGUGUGCCCCUUCACAAAAAGAGGACUCGCGCCCCUGCAUCAGGGGGCCAUCUGCUGGGGUAAAACCGGUCACCGCGCUCUGAGUUCUUGUAACUCGCUCAGUUAACCGAGUUGGUGCCAUAGGGUGCAGACGCGCAAGGCUUUGUCAAGCGUCUCGACUCAAAUAAACCAUCACUCGCAAACUGCUCCACUUGGAACUGUGAAAGAUGGCUGUGCCCAGCACUUCCAGCGGCAUGGUCUUUGCGGCUCCGCCGCAGUUCGGCUUCAGCCAGGAGCGCGGCAACGAGCCUUUCAGCAUCAAGAAGGCGCUGAAGAAGGGCUCGCCCGCAGUUGUCCCGAUGGGCAGUGCUCCUCUGACUGCGUCGACAUGCACCUUCACCACUGGCGGAAAUGCGGUCGCUGGGCGUAAGCUUGCGUCCCGUCGCGCGAUGGCGCGCUCUCGCCUGGCCGCUGCUCCUUUCGCCAGCCUCAGCCUGGCAGCCGUCACCAUGACUCCGCCUCCGAAGCAGGCGUCGGGGAGCGUAGCGCCCAAGAAGAAGAAGGAAAUCGGCGAGAUCCUGUCCACUGCGGGCAAGAAGGCGCUGUCGGGCGGUGUGCCGGGCAUGGUUGCUAUGGGCAUUCAGGUGCUGUCGCUGAUGUGGCUGCGCACCACCAUCAACUACCAGUACCGCUAUGGCACCACCACCAUGGAGGCGCUCCGGACCCUGUACUCCCAGGGCGGCAUCCCGCGCUUCUACCAGGGCCUGCUGCCCGCGCUCAUUCAGGGCCCACUGUCCCGCUUUGGUGAUACCGCCGCCAACACUGGCAUGCUGGCCCUGCUGGAGGACGUGGACAUGCCCGUGGCCAUGAAGACCGUGGCCGCCUCCUUGGCCGCCGGCCUGUUCCGCAUCGUGCUCAUGCCCGUGGACGCCUGCAAGACUAUUAUGCAGGUGGAGGGCAAGAACGGCUUUGCAGCGCUGGUGAACAAGGUCAAGGUGGGCGGUCCCACCGUGCUGUACCACGGCGCGCUGGCCGCGUCCGUGGCCACCUUCGUGGGCCACUACCCCUGGUUCGCCACCUACAACUCGCUCAACGCCUGGCUGCCGCGCUACGAGGACGACCUGCCCAAGAAGCUGCUGCGGUCCGCCUUCAUCGGCUUCUGCAGCAGCUUCGUGAGUGACUGCUGCUCCAACUCCAUCCGCGUCAUCAAGACGGCCAAGCAGACCGCCACCGUGCCCAUGACCUAUGCCGACGUGGUCAAGGAGGUGGUCAAGAAGGACGGCGUGUCGGGCCUGUUCGUGCGCGGCCUGGGCACCAAGAUCAUCACCAACGGCAUGCAGGGCAUCAUGUUCAGCGUCAUGUGGCGCCUGGGCCAGGACUACUGGAACAAGCAGGCCGCCGACAAGGCCGCCCAGGAGAAGGCGGACGCCGAAGCCGCCGAGAAGGCCGCCGCGGCCGCCUCCAAGGGCAAGAAGUAAGGUGGUGCUAUCUCACCACUUUCCGCCACGUCGGGAGCAGUAUUAGGGGAAUGGUGAAAGCGGGCUGUGGGUCAGGGCCUGGGUGCACGCGGUUUCCAGCGGAUGGCGGCUGAUGCUGAGUGAAGACGCGCAGUACCGUAUUGUACCAUGGCUUCGCGGUGACAGAGGUUCUACGCACUUGGCUUAUUAAAAUAAGAACAGUGCUAAUGCAGCCACGGGUUGUACGCCGUAUACGGCCGUGUGGUGAGGAUACGCCGGCGGCUCCGCGGCCUUCAGGGCCGUGUCAUGGCGGGAAAAGAUCAGGACUUACCAUGCUCGGGCGACUUUCGAAAGUUUGUGUGUCGCGGAGGCAUCACGCAGAAGCCGGCGCGCCCUAGCAAUCGGCAUGGUCUCGGUGAAUCUGCGACGGCGUGUAUAAUACGGUGCUGGCUGUGAUCAGGGUCAGGGUCAGGGUCGGAGUGCAGGGUCGGAGUGCAGAGUUUAGAGCCCGCGACUGCAAGGUGGCGUACGGCAGGAUUCGCGGCGGGUGGCGUGUGGAUGACUGCGCGUUCAUCUGUUGUGUGUACGUGUAUGGUUUGUAGUCAUGGCUAGCUCAUAAACAAAGUUUAAGCAUUGGGACGGACGUAAGGGGCAUGCGGUGACUUGGAAGAUUUGACCACGGAGUGGGCGCCCUUCCCAACACUGAAGUCAGUGAGUAUGAUGGGACUGUGAGCUUCGGGCCUUUGGCACAGGUCAACAUGGCGGUACUGCAGCAGCUGAGGCUGCUGUUGUUGUAAAACUUGUACAGC